GCCUGGUUUCUUGCUCGUAACACUUAGAUGAUCCGAGUCUGUGGAGGGUGAACACUGAUGUUUGAGACCAUGUCAGCCGUGAUGAAUCAGCCUCUUCCCUUUGGACGACUUGAGCGAGAGAAGCACAUUCACAUGGUCUUCAGGGCUUUUCACAACCGCUGUGGACCCUCUUGUGAGUGCCAGACUCAAAGCACUCCACCCAAAUCCCACCAAAUGCCUCCUGACCUGGAAUCUGAAGAGCAGCUUUUGGGCCAGACUGCUGAGAAUGGCUUGAUUCAGCCACCGGUGAAGAAGACUGGUAGUGCAGUGAGAUCAUGCUUUAUGUCUGUGCUGGAAACUGCUAGUGAGAUUCAUAUCACUGCCAAGCCAGAGCUGCAAGGUCCUCAGUGUGUUUCUAGGAGGAUCUAUAACAUCACUACAGAAGGCAACAGGUCACAGUCAUUUGUGGCUGUGGAAGAGAGCUCCUGUGUGUGUCUGCAGUGCUGUGGUCCAGCUCGGGCCUACACCCUGAAAGGCUUUGACAGUGAGGGCAGUCAGGUCUUUUAUUUUGAAAGGCCCCUUAGGGUGGACGCCUGUUGCCUCGGCUGCUGCCUGAUGGAGAUGAGAGCGUACACACCUCAAAACCAUCUCAUUGGCACCGUACAUCAGAGGUGGAGCAUGUUUACGCCCCUCCUGGAGGUCUGCGCUUCAGGAGGGGCGUCUACCAUCAGAAUCCAGGGCUCCUGCUGUCCAUGCCGUUGCUUCUCCAACCAACAAUUCCAGAUUGUCUCCAACAUUGGUGAGGAAAUAGGCACGAUAUGGAAGAAAUGGCCUGGCUUCAACGAAGAACACAACAUGGACCAUGAAUACUUUGGGCUGGAGGUUCCACUCAGUAUGGAGUCACACACCAAACUCCUUCUCCUGGCAGCCACUUUCCUGUUGAAUCAUAUGUUUUUUGAAAUGAGCUGACCAGCAUCAUCACAUGAUUUACAGACCAACGGGC